AUGAAUGAAGCAGUUCUUUUGUGUUUUGAAGGGUUUGAAGAGCUAGCUAGGCAAGUCGGAGAAGGAGCUACAGCUGAAUUUUCCUCACCUUUUGUGAUUCUGUCUCUAUGUACUCUAGUAGUACUGGUAAUACUGCUUGCAAACUGUGUCUCCUGCUGUAAAGAUCCUGAGAUAGAUUUCAAGGAGUUUGAAGAUAACUUUGAUGAUGAAAUAGACUUUACACCUCCUGCGGAAGAUACUCCCUCUGUUCAGUCUCCAGCAGAAGUGUUUACUCUUUCAGUUCCCAGUAUUGCUUUACCAACUCCCUCCCAGUUUCCAUCUCUUUCAGAGGGAUCAAAGUCUCAAGUUUCGCGUCAGAGUCUAAACUAUAUCCAAGAGAUUGGAAAUGGUUGGUUUGGAAAGGUUCUGCUUGGAGAGAUCUACACAGGUACUAGUGUAGCAAGGGUAAUAGUGAAGGAGUUGAAGGCAAGUGCUGGUCUCAAGGAGCAAGAACAGUUUUUAAGAAAUGGAGAACCGUAUUACAUUCUUCAGCAUCCAAAUAUUCUCCAGUGCGUUGGGCAGUGUGUGGAAGCCAUUCCUUAUCUUCUAGUUUUUGAGUUCUGUGACUUGGGUGACCUAAAAACCUAUGUCUGCAAUGAGCAGGAACAUAUUAAAGGAGAUUCACAAAUAAUGCUGCUACAAAGAAUGGCGUGUGAGAUUGCUGCUGGACUUGCUGUAAUGCAUAAACAUAACUUUGUGCAUAGUGACUUGGCCUUACGGAAUUGCUUUCUUACAUCCGAUUUAAAUGUCAAAGUAGGAGAUUAUGGUAUAGGAUUCAGUCGAUACAAGGAAGAUUAUAUUGAGACAGAUGAGAAGAAACUUGUCCCUCUCCGAUGGACUGCACCUGAGUUAGUAACAAGUUUUCAAGACAGGCUGUUAUCAGCAGAGCAAAACAAGUACAGUAACAUAUGGUCACUGGGUGUAACGUUAUGGGAGCUUUUUGAGAACGCUGCUCAGCCUUAUUCAGAGUUUUCUGACAGGGAAGUCCUUACCCAUGUCAUAAAGGAGAAGCAGGUUAAACUCUGUAAGCCACAUCUGGAGCAGCCAUACUCUGAUAGAUGGUAUGAAGUUCUGCAGUUCUGCUGGCUACCUCCAGAAAAGAGACCAACAGCAGAAGAAGUACAUAGGCUUUUAACUUACCUUCGCAUGCAAAGCCAAAGGGACUCGGAGAUUGAUUUUGAGCAACAGUGGAACGCUCUUAAACCAAAUGCCUCAAAUAGAGAAACAAAUAAUUCUGCGUUUCCCAUCUUGGAUCACUUCACAGGAGAUAGACUUGGCCAUGAAAUGGAAGAAGUUCUUACUGUAACUGAAACAAGCCAGGGUCUCAGCUUUGAAUACGUCUGGGAGGCAGCUAAACAUGAUCAUUUUGAUGAAUGUGGUCAUGUGAACCCUGAUGAAGCAAUGACAUACACAAAUAUUUUCUUUCCAGUGGAGGUUUUUGAGAGGUCCCUUUCAGAGCAAGGGCCGGGGGCACAAGGCGAAAGUGGUCAGGAAACAUCACUUGCUGUCCCUGGGGUGCUACCUGUAUUUGACGCCCACAAACUUUCUGUUGGAAACGACUACUAUAUCCAAUUAGAAGAGAAAGGUAGCGGCUGCAGCAUGAAUUUUGAUAACCAGUCAGUUGUACUAACUACAGAAGUUGAUCAUCAAGAAGCUCUACAAGAAAAAAAUUCUCAUUUCAUGGUUCUCAGGGAUCUUGAUGUUGAAGAAUCCAGUACUGAUGGGGAUUUCUUCCACUAUAAUACAGAUCCUAAAGAGGAAAUUUUGCCUGCUGCUGGUAGUCCAGAAAGUCCUUUCCAGAAUAUCUUUAAUGACAUUGACAGAUCAGAGGAAUUGAUGAACAGAAAUAUAUUUGGCUUAGCUGAAAUGAAUAUUCCUAAAGACUUUAAACCAACUGCUUUAAACUCAAACACGGAUGUUAUAAAUGCAGUAGGUCCUUCUGAGAAGGAGCGUUCUAGUUGUGCUUCUGAAAAUGAAACUCUUUCCUUAUGUGAAAAUAUCUCUAACCAGUCUGGUUUGGUAACUUUAGAAGAACUUUCUGAUAAUUUCUUAUUUCUUCAAGAGAAAAAGUUAUUAAUGGGGACAUUGUCUAACAAAACCAGUAGUGAUUUCGGGCAAAAACCAGAAGCUGUUCUAAAGAGUAUAUUAGAAACCUCAAAUAGGAACUCUGUAGAGCCUGAGCCUAUGUUGGCUGAAAAUGCACCAGUCUUUUCUUUAAUACAUGAAAAUCUUAAAACUGUGAAAGAUGAAAAUUUUAACCCAAUGACAAUAGAUAAAGAUUUGAAUUUUCCCUCUCAGAGUACUAUAGAGAUGCAGGCACCCUCUAGUCAAUCUGUAGCACAUAAGUCACGUGAUAAACAUGUAAGUCCUUCCCAUUUGAAGGAUGAAGGAGAACUUUUAAAUGUGGAAGUUGGUGAAGUCUUGCCCUAUAAUACUGAUAGUUUCUUUCAAGAAGAGCUGUCCAAUAAUGCCAAAAAUCAUAAUACUGGAAACCAUCCAUGUUAUGGUGUUGCACUUGAAAUGGAGUGUGAGGGACAAAUAAAACCUGGAAUGUUUAUUAAUUCUGAUGAAAUACCUUUAAGUAGUUUCAGUAGAGAAAAAUGUAAUGAUCAGGAAGAUUUGAAAAAAAACUUGCAAAAUAAGUCACCCACUUUAAAAAAAGAUGAAAGCUUAUUGGAGGAAAGACAAGAAACAUCAAAUAAUUUUCAGAAUUGUAAAGGGGUUACUGAAGAGAUGACCUUAACUUCUGUUGCUGCUUCAGAAUGUACAAGUCAGGAUAGUCUUCUGGAAGACAGCUCGUCUCCUACACAAACUGUAGAACAAGCCUUAGAGACACCUGACUCUUUGGAUUCUUUAGAUGUAAAUGAGGUUUUAGAAUCUCUGCAGGCCCAUAGUCCUCAGAAACUUUUGCCACCAGAUAAACCUGCUGACAGUGGCUAUGAAACGGAGAACCUGGAGUCUCCAGAAUGGACUUCCCAUAUCACUGUUGAGGAUGCUUCUAAUACAGAUACUGCACUAUGUUCUGUCAGCGACAGCAAUGUCAAUGCUUUACCUCCCAAUCCAGUCAUAAUUGUUUCAGAAGUAGCUUGUGUAGAUGCAGUGAACAGCAAUUUUGAAAUAACCCCAAAGAUUUUUGUAAGUGGAAAUCAAAACUCAUAUAGAGACUCUGCCUAUUUCUCUGAUAAUGAUUCCGAGCCAGAUAAAAAAACAGAAGAGACUGUAAAUCUGUCAAGAGAGACUACAAAUGUUGCUUCUUCAAAUAGAGAAGAGAUUAAUACUGAAGAUUACUGUUUUGAAGAGGCAGAGCAAAAGCGUGAUCUAAGACGUUACCAGGAUACUAAUAAUCAAAAUACAAAAUUAGAACUAAAUCACAAGUUAGAGAUGCAAGAGAUGGAUGUAAUGAUGCAGGGACAUCCUGAUAAGUGGGCUGAGGCAAUGCUGAAUUCCCUGAAAACAUCAGUGGAAAGUAACUUCAGGAGUGAAGUAAAACUGUCUGAGGCUUCCCAUAAAAGCGUCUCUUGCGUUGGCACUAACACAUCAGAACUUCUUUCACACAGAGACUUGAAGUCUGUGCAUGACAUGCACAGUCCUUCAGAUUCAAGUAACAGUGAGAAGUCCUUCUAUCACAUUGAAGGUCCAAAACUGAAAGAGCCAGAUAUUGAAGGAAAAUACCUUGGCAAACUUGAUGUUUCUGGAAUGCUUGAUUUAGAAGAUGGCGAUGAUGCAGAUGAAGAAGAUGAAAACAGUGAUUCUGAGGAUGAUAUGAGGACUUUUCAUAUGCAUAGCCUGAGUUCUGACAGUGAUGAUGAAACUGUUCAUCAAGUACCUGAGAUACUUACUGACAAGGAUGAUGGGAAGCAUCUGAGAAGCUUACUGAAACUUCCAAAAUCUCCUCAGAAUGAAAGUCAACUUGAGCAUUGGAAAAAUGAGAAAAAGGCUGUAACGUUCUUUGAUGAUGUCACAGUCUAUCUAUUUGAUCAGGAAACGCCAACUAAAGAGCUGGGAAACCGUGCAACAGACUUGAACAGCCAAGGCUCUCGCAGCGCUCCUGUUCCAUCUUUGGGUUUUAAUUACUUAAACAGAUUUACGAACUCGGAAAGCUCAACAGAUGAAGAAGGUGGGGGUUUUGAAUGGGAUGAUGACUUCUCUUCUCCAGAGCCCUCCUUUAUAUCAAAAGCAGCUAAUAGCCUUAUUAGCUCUAAACCACCUCUUCAGUCAUCAAAGUACUUCUCUCCACCUCCACCUACCCGGACUCUUGAACAGAACUGGCCACAUUCAUCCCCUUAUUCCAGAUUCUCUAUAUCUCCUGCAAACAUAGCAAGCUUUUCUCUUACACAUCUUACAGAUUCAGAUAUAGAGCAAGGAGGAAGCAGUGAGGAUGGAGAAAAAGAUUAAAUGAAUUCAGACUUCUUCCUGGGAUUACAUACAUAGAAUACAUACGCUCUGUGUCUGAAACUUCUUUAUCUAAACUCUGGAUCUCCUGGAGUAACGCAGGUAAUCAAGAAGUACUAAGAAGCGAAAGUAAACACUGAAAGCAAUGUUAAAUCAGGACAUUAAUUUGAAUGUGUAUUUAACUUUGUAAUGUAUUUUUAAAUCAGUGCAAUUUUGCUGUUCAUUGAAAGAUGAUUCUGCCGCUGUUUUCAAGUACUUGAAGUAUUUUUCAGAUAAUUUAAGAAAUAAGUAAAGCAAUUACACUACGGUCUGGUUUAUGUAUGAGAUUGUAUAAUAUUCUUUUUAUAUUUUUCCAUGUAGUUCAUUAUCUAUUUGAACAUACACCUGUUGUAGACUUGUGUAUAACUGUCCUGUGCAACAGGUGGCUGUGUUGCUGAUACUGUAUGAACGAUAGUUGAUCAGUAGUGAGCCAUAUUUAUUCAAAAAAAGAUAUCACUACAUAUUACUUUGCUUAUUACAAUUGCACUAUGGAUUAUUCUUCCUCUAUUUCCUGAUGUACAGAAUCAAAAAAACUUUUCAAGGAAAAUAAGACAAGUUGAAUUGGCCCAGUUAUCCAGUUUAAUUUGUCCUUUUUGUAGCCUUUGCUAUGCACGGUACUUGUAAAACAUACAUAACUGCUGAGUGUUAUGUUAGACUUUCUGAAAUCUUCUAUUCAGUACCAUUUCUAAAUGAUGAUUAUCGAUUGUUAGUGUUCAUGUUUUAUAGGAAACUGGAAAAGAUGAUGUGAUAUACUCUGGAAUUAAUUUUUAGAUGAGAGAUUAUGUCUCUUCAUUCCUGAAUAUGAUCUUACUGACUGCUUAAACAGUAAUAGCAUCUGACUCUAUCAUACGUAAAGGCCUUCCAAUUUUCAGUACAAUUUCUGCUUUGGAGAGAAAAGGGGGAAAAUUGGCCAUACAAAACUGUGUGGAAAUUAUGAAUCUUCUAAAAAGACUAAUUUCUGUAGACUGGAUUGAGGCAUACUUGGCCUUUUGCUUGUUUGUUCCAUGAAUUUUGAAGCCCUCUGUUUUCUCCUCCUGACUGCGGAUUGGAGUUGCCAUUCAGAGGCCUGUGGUAGAUCUACCUCUCAGUGAUUUUAUUACAAUUGAGAAUUAGAUUAAUGAUUAAUAAUUUAAGUAUUUUGAAUAAAGUCUUGAUCCAAAGUGGUAGUCAAUGGCACUCAUAUUUCAUACCCUUUAUAAGCCAGACCUACUUUAAGAUGUCUGCAGGGCUCUAUGGCGCAUCUUGAAAUGCGCACUGACCCAAAGAGGUAAGAGAAAAGUUUGCUCUGAAGUUGUUUGUAGGGAAGGGAAUACAAUGUGGGUUUUCUGAUUUGUGUUUUUUUGUUUUGUUUUUAACCUUCAUACUCUACCGUACAUUUAGCUAAUUUAAUCCUUUAAAUUGCUUGAAAAAAAUCUGUAAUUACUACCCUAAAGUGAGCUCAACUGAGGAACAAAUCUCUGGCCUCUUGAAAUGCCUUAUGCAGCCAUGGAUCUGUGGGAAACGCUAACAGAACAGUCUACCUGGUUUAAAGCAUUUUGUAUGUUAGUGCGUGUUUUGUCAGGGCUUCAGUGUAAUGCUAGUCCAAGCGCUCUGUGUUCAGAUGCAGUCAGCAGAGAAUUUUGAUCACACGAAGCAUGGGAAGACUAGAUAUUUUCAGAUGUGUUAAGCUUGUGUUGUAUACCUCUAUAUGCGUUUUGAUUUUUUUUUUUUAAACAGUAUGUUUUAAAUGACAGGACUAUAAAGCUAACUUUUUUUGCAGCGUUAUUUAGCCCUGAAAGCUAGAAUGGUUUCCAUACCAAUCAAAAGGGAAUGAUUUAGUUAUAGAAAGCUAUUUAAAGUUGCCAAUAUAUUAUUGAGAUGACUUGUUCUGAUGAGGCACUCAAGUUCAAACUUGCUCAGAACUGUACUUCAGUAUGAAGUGAGGAACAGAACUUUUCAUGGACUUUUCCCAGCACAUGAUUUACGAGGCAAAGCCAAGUAGUUCUUAAUACAUGCUUACGAUAUGUACUGUUGAGGGCUUAAAGAAGCUGUGUGCUACUCUCCUAAUAUCUGCUGAAAUAUAUAGGUAGUAGAUUUGGUGCGCAAAGUAUUACAGUUUAAUUCCAUAAUACUAACGUUAAAUUCCUUGAUGCAGCUAGAUUAAAGUUUUUCAUCUGUUUUCUGUAACUGUGGUGUUAUCAGAAAUUAAGUAGGAAAAUUCAAACCUGAGAAUGAAACUCCGUAAGUGGUCUGCAAAUAAUGUGUGGGCUUAUCUGCCUUAUGUGUAGUAAAAAAAUCGAAAGUAUCAGACCUGGAGUUCAACCUUAAUUUUGAAUUGCUUGAUUUAGAAAACAGUUUAAGGUUAAAUAAAAGCUUAUAGUCCUGAAUAUUACAAAUUUGGUUUUGCUUUUUCUUUCUUGUAAUUUCGGAAAGUCAAAUACUUGAAUUCAUCUCAUACAAAUGUGCAGUACUUCAUCCUGCAUGUCAGGAAUUUCCUUAGCUUAAUGGAAAUCUGUGAUUUUUGUUCUUCAGUUACCAGGGUUUAAAGAAAAUCUUACAAGUGAAAGUUUAUUCCUUUGUCCAAAUCGACUCAUUGCUAAUGAAUUGCCAGAGGAGCAUGUUUUCCAGUAUGGGUCGGGAUGUGUAUGAUACUAAGCAAGGUAACAUCCUUUUUAGCUAUACGAUGAAGAGAAAGAAAUAUUUAAAGUUGAUUUGACACACUUAAACUAUGUAUUUUAAUUUCAGUAUUCCAGUAGGCUGGAUUACAAUAAUCUAAAGGGCCUUUUUUGGAGAAAAAAUGCAGCUAAAAUCAGAUCAACUACUAGCAAUGUUUAAAUCCACUGAGCAGUCAGUUGCACAAUGAAGAUAAAUUAGUAAUUCCAACACAUUACAUUUUAAUAAGGGGGUUUGUUGUGAGUCAUACAUUAAACUAUAUGUAAUUUCUUGCACUAGCUACUUGAGCAUGGUUUCUGUUUUAGAAGUACAUGUAUCUAUUUUCAAUGGUUUAUUAUGAGGACUGGUUGCAUUUUAAUUCCUUCUCUAGUAGAAAACCUAGAUUAUUUGAAUAUUGAAGGCAUUGUCUCAAUUUGGCUAGUAAAGUUAUUUAAAUGAUCUGAUUUCCCACCUAAGGAAGUUUGUUAAAAAUGAGGAUCUGUACUGAGAAGCCAAUGAAGUGAGAAGAGUGUCCAGUUUUAAUGGAAGCACCUGUACUCUCCCACAUCCCAAAGCUGCAGAUAAGUUGCGCAUGUAACUGCACUUAUGGAAACUGCCAUUUCCAUGGAAACAAACUGAUUAAACAUUUUUUUUCCCAUAUCCUUGUGGAUGCACUAAUGAAAGCCAUUUAAGCCUCAUUCUUUUUAUCAGUAUUUUUAGCAGAUUUUUUAUGUAGUACUAAAUCUUUUUUCAUGAGGAGGCUGGUUGGUAGGAAGACUUUUUUUUUUUUAAAUGAUUAAGCACUAUGCUAAAAUGUCAGCAUUGUCAGGUGUUAGUGACAUGGCUAUUUUUGUUGAAGUUGGUAAAAGGUGGAAUCAAAGUAUAUUAGCCUUAUAAGAAAUAGCCUUAACAUAAGAAUGGAGUGUACAAAAUUACUUCAGCUUUAAAGUCAUACAGAAAUAUCCUCGUAUGUUAAUGAGCUUUGGUACAAGACUGGAAGAAAUCUAGAGGAGAGUCAAACGUCAUAUAAACUUAUUGAAAAUAAGUAUUUGUAAUACCAGCAGCCUGUUUUUCAGAAACUUGAAUAUGACUUACAGUUAGUUUUGUUUAUGAAAUUGUUUGAACUUGCACAGUUGUAGGUGUAACUUAAAUGAUAAAUGGUACUGAUGUGUGUGUGUAUAUAUAAUGUUUAAUUCUAUUUGUAAAUGAGAAACUAUGUAACAAAAUCAUAGGUAUGAGGUUUUCCUAUUGUAAUUUAAUACAGUUAUGAGGUUUAUGGCAAUAUAUCAUAGUUAAUGAAAUUUCAGGUCAAAAUGUCUUUAAAUUGUGUACAUUUUUAAAUUGUAAUUUCUACUGUAUAUUGAUUAUCAUGCAUAGUGUGAUUCAAUAAAUUGCUUGUAAUUUAAAAAUAUUUAAUAUUAAAAUAAAAUACAGUUAUAUAUUU